AUGGUUGCUUCUAAAUCAAAAUUGUUGGGUGUCUACCCAGACACGAACGAGCCAUCGGACAAGACAAAAUGGACUGCACGCACAAGGUUGGCCAUCCCUUCUAUUAAUACGUGGCGUUGGAAUGAAGCCAUCACGACGUGCUUCUUCCCACCUUUGCGUGCCCAGAGCAAUGUGGCUCUAACGGGUCUUGAAGGUGCGGGAAGGGACCCAGUAGAAGAAGCUUGGUGCGUUGAGGCUCAACAUGCUUUCCACAGCACCACCAACGGCAGUUUUGUGCCUCUCCACCAGGCCCGCUUCUCCAACGAUUGCCGAACAUGGCUCUUUGGUGUGGUGCAUCCAAGCAUACUCUGCAUGUUUGUGUCUAUGUGUUUAGGAGGCGACACAGUAAACCACAAUGAAUCCGCCUGGUUGUUUCGAAGGCAGGGCUUACUUAGAGAUUGUAUCGAGUUAUUCAGGAGUGCAAAGCACCCCAGCAGUGCUUUUUGGCCACAGUGA